UCCGCAACUUUUUGUGGAGUUUCAUACAAUCUAGUAGUUGGAACUGGAACGCACCGCAAAAUGAAAAGCAGCUCCUUCAAGUUAACUCUGUUGGCCACCAUCAUUGCUGUCUGUUUGGCCAGCCAUUUUGCGCCGAAUGAAACGAAAGGAUAUUGUCCACAGUUUCUACAAGGCAACAGCAGCAUGCCUUGCUGGAACUUGGGAAGCAAGUGUUAUUGUUUUUCCAUCGUCUAUUUUCGCCCCGAUUGGAGUGGUGCGGAUGCGUUUUGCAGAGGCGGAAACAUGACUCUACUGAGCGUCGAUUCCGAGGAGGAAGACCAAAUGAUUUUCAAGCACAUUCGCCAAGAUCAUCCAGAACUGGACGAUGGUAGCUACUGGACUUCAGGCAGAUUUUCUGGAAACAUUUUAAACGGACAAUGGGAAUGGGCUUCUGUCGAACCGUUUCAGCCAUUCAAUUACAGUAAUUGGUAUGUGGGAGAACCUGGCUUCAACAAACCAGGUUAUUGCGUCUAUUUUUAUUUUGGCUACUACUACGAAUACGGCUACUGGUGGGAUUACCCUUGCGAUCACUCUUACGGGUUUAUUUGCGAAUCAUAUUAACUGAAUUAAAAACCCCAAACUAAAACGACUAUUAAACCACUUCUUGCACAUCAA